AUGGGGGACUAUAUUUUUGGUGGGAUUUUUUCUUUGCAUUCUGCUUUUUAUGGUCAGGGAACAUUUGAAAAACCUCCUUUGUUCUUUAAUUUGAUUACAAAGAGAAUACACCCAAAGAAUUAUCAGCAUGUCUUGGCUGCUGUGUUUGCUGUUCAUGAGAUCAACAAGGAUCCUAUGCUUCUAUCAAAUAUCACUCUGGGUUUCCGAAUAGUUGAUAACUAUUACAUGGGAAUUAUGACUUAUCUGUAUACAUUGCAACUGCUUACUACACAAGAAAGAGGAAUCUAUAAUUAUAUAUGUGAUGCACAACUCUUGGCCAUAGUUGGGGGACUUGACUCUGAAAAUUCUAUCCAAAUUUCAAAUAUUGUAGGCGUUUACAAGAUACCACAGAUCAGUUAUGGUUCUUUUGAUGCUGUGCUGAGUGAUAAAAUCCGGUUCCCAUUCUUCUACAGGAUGAUCCCUAAUGAAUCAUUACAAUUUAAAGGAAUAAUUCAGUUACUUCUUCAUUUCUCAUGGAAGUGGAUAGGUAUAAUGGCACCAGAUAAUAAUGGGGGAGAAAAGUUUUUGAGGUUCCUAACUAUAAUGCUCUCAAAGCAUGAUAUUUGUGUGUCAUUUACUCAGACUUUGGCAACAAAAACUGCCUCUGAAACAGAAAUUAAAACUGAAUUUGAUAAAAUUGAGACUAUAUAUUCUCAAACCAGUGCCAAUGUGGUAGUUGCAAGUGGAGAUUCCCGGGACCUCCUCAUGUUCACAAUAUGGAUGGAUUGUAAUGCCUAUUAUAAAGAAAUACCUUUUGUAACGAAGGUUUUGAUCAUGACUGCUCAGUGGGAUUUUACUGCUGUCAAUUCCAAAGGGCUCUGGUUUCUGAAACCUUUCCAUGGUGCUUUGUCUUUUACAAUUCACACAAACAAUGUGCCGGGAUUCCAGGAUUUCCUUGAUACGCUGGAUUGCCUUUAUCCUAAAGGUGAUAUCUUCAUUCAGGAAUUUUGUCUCUCUGCCUUUAAACAGGGGUACUAUAAUGAUGAUAUGAAUUCUGUCAAAUAUGAAAUAAACGGCAGAGGAAAAGGAAAAAUGAAGUCGCUGCCUGGAGCUGUUUUUGAAAGGGUCUUGUCAGGCCAAAGUUACAGUACCUAUAAUUCUGUACAUAUACUAGCCCAAGCUUUCAAUGCAAUAUAUUCCUAUGGUUCCAAGUACAGACAUCUGAAAAAAUGGGGUGAAUCAAGUUUUCUGAACAUGCAACAGUGGCAGCUUCAUCGUGUUUUGAAAGCUAUUGGAUUUAACAAUAGUGCUGGAGAUAAAAUUUAUUUUAAUGAGGACCAAGAAUCUACAGAUGGCUAUGACAUUGUGAAUUGCAUCAUCUUCCCAAAUGAGUCUUUUUCUCAGGUAAAAGUUGGAAGAGUGGAGCAGCAGAGUCUGAAAAACUUGGUAUUCACUUUUAAAGAUAAUGCAGUUGUGUGGAAUAACUGGUUCAAUCAGACAACGCCCCAUUCUUUUUGCACUGACAAUUGCCAAACUGGAUACUAUAGACAACUUCGACAGGGGAAACCUGUUUGCUGUUAUGAUUGUAUUCCAUGCCCUGAAGACAUGAUUUCUAACACAACAGAUGCACAAUACUGCAGCCAAUGUCCAGAUGAUGAGCAUUCCAGCCAAGGGCAAGAUGAAUGUAUUCCAAAAUCAAUAGACUUUCUCUCUUAUACUGAAACUUUGGGAAUUCUGCUAGCUUCCUCUUCCAUCAUUUUGUCUUUCAUCACAGUUCUGAUACUCAUCAUCUUUAUUAAACUUAGGAAAACUCCCCUUGUCAAAGCCAACAACCGGGACAUCACCUAUGCUCUGCUUUUUUUGCUUCUGCUUUGUUUCCUUUCCUCCUUGCUUUUUAUUGGAAAGCCUAGGAGAGUGACCUGUCUUCUCCAACAAAUAAUGUUUGGCCUCAUCUUCACUGCUGCUGUUUCCUCUGUGUUGGCCAAAACCAUCACAGUCAUUUUAGUUUUCAAAGCUAUACAGCCAGGAAGUAAGAUGAGAACCUGGCUGAAGAAGAGUGUAGCUAACUCUAUUAUGCUUCUCUGUUUCCUCGGACAGUUUGUAAUCUGUGUUGCCUGGUUAUCAAUUAGUCCUCCCUUUCCAGACUUGGACCUCACGUCCCAGCGGACAAAGGUCAUAGUUAAAUGUAAUGAGGGAUCAGUUGCCAUGUUUUAUUGUGUCCUUAGCUAUAUGGGCUUCUUAGCCUUUAUUAGUUUUAUUGUUGCUUCCUUUGCAAGGAACCUGCCUGAUAGCUUUAAUGAGGCCAAAUUCAUUACAUUCAGUUUGUUGGUGUUUUGUAGCGUUUGGGUUUCCUUUGUUCCCACUUAUUUAAGCACCAAAGGGAAAUACAUGGUUGCUGUAGAAAUCUUUUGCAUCUUGGCCUCUGGUGCAGGAUUACUGGGUUGCAUCUUUUUCCCAAAGUGUUAUAUUAUAAUUGUGAAACCUGGACUUAAUUGCAAAGACCACUUGAUAAGAAAAGUUCUUUAA